AUGUCCCGACCGUCGAAACCGCUUACUUUGUCCCGGAUUGAAGACUUGACACUGGGCUCAUUCGCCUUCGUGCCGACGUCAGAAACAAUCGACCAUCUCGUGAGAUAUCUUAGUACCUGGAGUGGUAGCGACAAGCUGUUCAUGAUCAUUCAAUAUGCUGUGAAACUUGUGAUUCCAUUCCUGCAGUUCCGAGCGCGUCUCCAGCAUCGUGCUGGUACACGAUCGUCUGCCCAUAGUGGCGCUGCGGAGAGCCUCACAAAGGUUUACAACUUGAUAGGGGAUGCAAGGAUGUUCUUCCGAAUCUGGGGCAAGUACCGCCUAUUGCCGAUCAUACAGUGGCUCACGUCGAUAGAACGAAACCGACCGCCAACCCGCCGACUGCUCACGCUUGAGCGACUACAGGGCUGGUCUAUGCUUGCGUAUUACCCCCUUGAACACCUUUACUACCUGCUCGCACAUGGCAUCAUUCCCUCAGAAAUCCCGAAGCCCUCAGUAUCCGCGCUCUUACCGUUUACAAAGUCCAAGCCCAGCGAGAAGCGUAUCCCGCUGGACAUCAAUGCUCUGGGGAUCUGGUCGUGCCGCUUCUGGGCCCUAUAUGUGGCUUUGCAAUUUGCGCACCUUCGUGAGGAUCGGAAAUUGCUCCAGAUGCGCGAGCGCGACAUCAACAAAUCUAAGGUGCGAACCGCUACUGCGGUAGAAAAGGAAGAAUUGCACAAGAGAUGGGAUGCCUUUUGGAGUGAGGUGGUCGUCAAUGUGGGCUACUUACCGUUGACGAUUCAUUGGUCACUUGAAAAGGGCUUAUUCAAUAAUGAUAUAUGGGUCGGCGUGUUCGGUCUUCUUGCAGGACUCGCCUCGUGGAGGAGCGGUUGGAAGGCGACUGCAUUGCCUCAGCCUCCUGCGGAAACGCCGCGGCCACUCUCCGAUCAGGAUGUCCUUCCUGAACCCGCGGAACCUGUUCCGUACGAUGCUACAAUGGACCCUGAUGUCGUGGCGCCCUUGGUGAUACUAGACCUCUCCGGGUCUGCCAACGCGUAG